GUUGAGCUUUUCCUGUGUCUUUCUCUCUCUCUCUCUCUCUCUAUAUAUAUAUAUAUAUAUGUAUGUAUUUUCUUUACACCGUCUGGAAUCAUCCAUUGAUUUCAAUCCAAAGCACCAAAUCCCCAAAGCAAAAGUGCUACUGUCUUAGAAAGAGAGAGAGAGAGACUGCGUUUGACGCCAAGAGAGAGAAAAAAUGGUGAACUUCAUGUUGAUGAUUAGUGCAGACCUUGAGAACCUCACCAAUCUCCAACCCCAAGGUGGCUGCGACGACCCUAACUUCUCUUACCUCUUCAAGUUGAAAUGCGGAAGAUGCGGAGAACUGAGCCAGAAGGAAACCUGCGUCGUCCUAAACGACACCGUUCCUCUCCCCGUUGGGAAGGGCACCACUCAUCUCAUUCAAAAGUGCAAAUUUUGUGGCAGGGAUGGCACUGUGACCAUGAUCGAAGGCAAAGGUAAACCACUAACCCAGGAAAUCAGUGAAUCAGGGAAGUACGCUCCAUUGAUGUUAUUUGACUGCAGGGGCUAUGAGCCAGUAGAUUUUGUAUUCGGUGAUGGAUGGAAAGUUGAGUCGUUGGAGGGAACUAAGUUUGAGAAUGUUGACUUGUCAACUGGAGAAUACGCCGAGUAUGAUGAGAAGGGAGAGUGCCCAGUCAUGAUAUCCAAUCUUCGAGCUACUUUUGAAGUGACGAAGUAGAGAGAACUGGUUUACUAUCUGAAUAUUUUCUUGAUGUAUAAAAUUGACUGUUUUCUUCCUAGAUGAGCUUUUGAGCUCUGGGUUGCAUCAUAAUUAGGCAUGAAAUUUGUGGGAUCUUCUAACAUUACAUGUUAACCUUGUUGUAUUGAAGCUGAUAAAAAAAAAAGGUUUAAUUACUUAUUUGGUAUUUAUAGUUUUAUCGUUUA